UGACAGAGUGACAGGCCCGCCGUUGCUUACAAACAAACACUCAAGUCUCAGAGGAAGAAAUAGCACUAGCAGUUGCAGAUGAGACAUGGCUAUUGCAUCUACAGUUCUAUCUUCAACACCUCUCAUCUCGUUUUCCAGACCAAAUCUCGGUUCUUCUCUUAGGGCCUGCGGCUCGUCUCUCCCACUCACCUUACCCACCCUACUCCACUCAAAAAGAACAUACCUUUAUCGACACCCACCACAUAAACCUUCACAGAAAAACACUCGAAUUUGGAGAACCUCGGCUACAUCCGGAGAUGUUUUGCCUUCAGACGCCCCAAUUGAGACUGCCCAACAGAUCGUUUCCUCUGACGACAGCGGUGUAUCUACAGUCAUAUCCGCUCUUCUGUUCAUCGCUUUUAUUGGUCUCUCCAUUCUUACUAUUGGGAUUAUCUAUAUAAGUGUCUCGGAUUUCCUGCAGAAAAGGGAGAGAGAGAAGUUUGAGAAAGAAGAGGCCAGUAAGAAGAAGAAAAAAAGUGGGAAAAGAGUUCAGGUCAGGGCUAAGACCGGGCCCAGAGGAUUUGGACAAAAAAUUGAUGAGGAUGAUGAUUUUGAUUAAAUUUGCAUUGUACCCAUGUAAGCAUCUCAAUUUCUUUGUUUCCCUCGGUUGUUUUUAUUUCCAAUAAUUUUCUCUUAUCCGUUUUUAGUUGUCUAGAUGAUUUAUCUAUAUUCCCUUCACAAUUUGCUUUAAAACAUUUUUUUUCUAAUAUACCAGAGGAUUUAUGGAA